UUCAUUUCCCGCCAAAUCCUUAAACAAAAGCGAAAAAUCUCUCCAUUUUGGAACCUUCUAAAUCUCAAAACAGAGAGCAAAAACGAAAAUCGCUUCAUUCUAGAACCUUCUAAAAUCUCAAAAACGCUAAAAUGGAAAAGUCCGGCAACAGCGGCGGCGGCGGUUCAGCACCUACAGGGUGCUACAAGUGUGGUCGUCCAGGUCACUGGUCAAGAGAUUGCCCUGCAAAUCCUAACACUACUACCGAUAAAUCUAACCCUAAUACGACGACGUAUGGUUCAAAAACCGGAUCUAAUACCGAAGCUGGAACCGGAGCUGGAGGUUCGGGUUCCAAGCCGAAGAAAGUAGUAACUAGGUCAAUGCCUAAGUUAACUCCAGAUAUACUUUUAUCUGAUAAAGGACUUGGUUAUGUUCUAAGGCAUUUUCCUCGUGCUUUUAAAUAUCGUGGUCGCGGUCAUGAGGUUGCUGAUUUGGGUCACCUACUUGGCUUAUAUGCUGAAUGGCAUGCUGGUUUACUUCCUUAUUACUCAUUUGAUCAGUUCAUACAUAAGGUGGAAAAGCUCGGUGGCUCAAAGAGAGUCAAGGUAUGCAUGAGAGGACUACGAGACAGGGUCGCUGAUGGAGUGGAUCCUGCAAAGCUGUAUGACGAGCCACAAGUACAAGAACAAGAAACAAAUCAACAGGAGUUCAAGGAUUUGGAACCAACUGAUUAUCCAGAAGAUAGCAUGCAAAAUCCAAAUCCUAAAGAUUUUCAGGAAAUCAUGCUUGAUGAUGUGUGGGAGAAGGCAAUUGAGGAGCCAUCUCAACCAUCCCAUCAACAGAUUGUUGCUGCUGAUACAUCUUCUGGAGGGAAAGAUACAGUAAAUCAGGCUCCAGAAAAUGUAUCAAAAAGUUCUGGGGUUAUUCAGAUCUCGGAAGAACAGAGAGCUCGGAUGGAGGCUAAUAAGUUGAAGGCAUUGCAGAGAGCGGCUGCUCGAACUACUCAUACAAAGUCUACAUGAUGGUUUUUACAUAGAGCUCCAUAGAGGUUUCUAACUUAUAUCCUUUCUUAUUGUAAAUUGUUCAUGAGGGAGAUUCUUCAUUAAAUGGUUAAAGUUACCUUCAUCUUGAAUGUCUAGAACUGGUCGAAAUAAUAAAACUUUUCACUCUUUCCCCCAAA